AGGGAAAACAUGACAGCGUAGCCUUCUGAUUGAAAAGUCAGUUCGACCUCACCUGUUACUAUUAUCAAAUUCAGCAUGUCUGAGAAAGAGUUGGGGCAGAAAUGGGACCGCUGCCUUGCGGACUGCGCUAUCAAAGUUGGUGCUGGUCUUGGUUUAGGUAUCGUCUUCUCUGUGGUCUUCUUCAAACGUAGGACAAUGCCAAUCACAUUUGGCACAGGAGCAGGACUGGGCAUGGCUUACUCCAACUGCCAGAAUGACCUGAGGACUCCAUAUCUCCUGUACAGCAAUGCUACUAAGGAGCAGUAGCAUCGGACCAGUGCAGGAUUUCAUCUGAGUUCUGUUGCGUAUGUGAGAGUCGACUGACCGACAUCUUUCUGCAGAUUUCUCAUCAUCCAACAGCUCUGUGCCUGUCUUCAUUUAAUCACAUUGUUUAUAAUGAUAUUGUUGGAUAAUGUAGAUUUGAGAAUGAUAUACCGUGGAACUCAUGCACUUAUAAAACAAUAUUUUAUGACA